AUGGGUAUUUAUGUUGCUCAACCCGCAUUCAUCAAUCAAUCGAAGAAAGUUAUUUCCCAAUCUGAUUUCAUUUCUCAAACUAAAUUAUCAGAAGAUGCAAAUUUACAAACUAUAAAAACAUUCGAUGAUACACAUAUUUCAGAAGAACCAACGAAACAUCGUUCUACUGCAUUGAUCAAUUCCGGUGUCGCCACUUCGACUGGCGAGACAUCAGCCUUUCAAUCAACAGUAGCCAAUAACAAUAACACUAUCAAUCAUAAUACUUCAAAUUUCGACGAAGCCACCAAUUUACCUCGUAAAUUUCAAUUUCCAAAUUUGAUACAAUUCAGAAAAACAGAUACACGCAAUAAAUUUGAUACUAAAAUAUGCCCGGAAGAUCUCAAACUUUUAUCAGAAGUAGCAACUGCUCUGACAACAAAUAAAUUCAAAUUGACGUCAAACUCGCUUCCACAAGAAAUUGCUUUUUGGUAUAAAAAAUAUCAAGAAACAUUUUCGUCAACUGAACUAUACAAACCACCACAAUUAUAUUUCAUUCAAAUUAAUCGUCACCCACGUGAAUCCAUUAGGAGACGCAAUAAAAUGCGUCGUGUAAAGUUCAAACGUAAACAAGAACAGUAUACAGUUAAAAGAAAACUUGAUGCCCAUUGGAAAAUCAAAGACGUCAAACAAUUUCUUCAACAAAACAGCUAA